UAUAUAUUGGGUAUGCACGUAUUGUACCUACCCACUUGCCUAGGCUCUCCUGGGUGCAAAGUAUGACGUGAGGAUUGGCGGGGUUCGCCUUUAAAUCGAUUUUUUGAAGGGCAAGCUCGAAGUCCAUGGACCAAAAGCUACUAGCACCUUAAUAAGCUGAUAAGCCAUUGACUCAAAGCUACUGUCUUUUUGCAUCAGUGCAUACGAAAAGCAGCCCGGAUCCCACUUAUUUUGUGCCAUGCGGGCAAUUGAAGGUCGGAUCAAGAGGGAAGAGAGAAGAGAGGUAUAAAACUCCUAAGCAGAUGGGCUUGCUAUAAGUCGAAUCCUCCGUCUUGGUAGGAUUCAUUCGCUCAUUCGCUCAUUUUCUCUGUUUGCUUCGCAAUGUCGCAGAAGACAACCGGAGGCAAGUCUUCGUCGACCUUCCACUUUGUCGCUGGCCUCGGUUCUGGCACAUUAAGCGCCGUACUUUUACAGCCGUUCGAUCUUCUUAAGACACGCGUGCAGCAGUCAGGUUCACACUCAAUCAGAGCUGCUAUAAGAGAGAUUGCUAAGUCUCCAAAUGCAUUGACUGCCUUCUGGAGGGGCACAGUCCCGUCAGCCCUACGGACCGGCGUCGGGUCGGCCAUCUACUUUACCACCUUGAAUAUGAUUCGGCAGCGUGCAACGGCCUUUCCGUUCGCUACAGUUCCGGUCGUUGAUAAGCACGGGUCUUCUUCUUCGCUGCCCAAACUUUCUAAUACCGCCAACAUGGUAUCCGGAGCCGUCGCCCGGGCUUUUGCGGGCUUCAUCCUUAUGCCGCUGACGGUUAUCAAGGUACGCUAUGAAUCAAACCUGUAUUCGUACAAGUCGAUUGCCGGCGCUGCCAGGGAUAUAUACAGAACCGAACGCAUCCCCGGAUUCUUUGCCGGCUUUGGCGCCACUGCCCUUCGAGAUGCCCCGUAUGCCGGGCUCUACGUUCUUUCAUAUGAACAAUUCAAAAAGCGACUCAGUGCCUGGCUUUAUGUAAGCCCGGCUAUCACUCACGGACAGGCCAGCCUGGGAAUGGGGAGUUCUCUAUCCGCCACCAUUAACUUCACUUCCGGUGCACUCGCUGGCGCAACGUGUUCCUUCAUAUCGAAUCCGUUCGACGCCGUCAAGACGCGCAUACAGCUGCAGCCCCGCCAGUACCGUAACAUGGUUCAAGCGUGCCGCAAGAUGAUCACGGAGGAAGGUGUACGGUCACUCUACGACGGACUUGCUCUGCGCAUGACGCGCAAGGCCAUAAGUUCCGCGUUGGCUUGGAUGGUGUACGAAGAGUUGAUUCGGAGAGCAGAGACUACGCUAUAUUCAAGAGACGCGAAAGGGCAUGUAUGAUUACCAGGCCAGCUACGUAUAAAAAAAAGCUAUAUCCAAAGUGAAGAAGAAAAAAAUAUCAAAUCCCCUCUCAUAAAAGCAGUUUUCAUCGGAGCUUUCUUUUGCUUGGCGUGGACUGCUCUUUAUUUAAAAUUGGGUAUAUAUUCUUGCUCAUGAUCAUUUCUGCCUGCCCCUGCCCCUGCCACUCCCGCCUCACCUGAACGUAGGAAAAGGGCGUAACUUCGUUCGUUAACUGCGAAUCGCAGCGACUGUCCCGUCUGCCUCCAUGAGUGCGAAAACUAGCCACAUACUAUGAUGGCCGCCCGCCAGCUAGGUACAUCAACAACGAAGGGGAUCGGCUGC